AACGGUUGAGCUGCAGGCGUUAGCCACUCGCUACGGAAGUGAGUCGCUCAACUGUCAGUCCGUCUCUUAUCUGUCAGUCCUUCCCCUCAGUCAGUGUCAGUCCGGACGAUCAACAGUUUGGCAGCGCUAUGGCGGCGUUCAGCACUUCAUCCAGCAGACCCUACCACAUCGUCAUCUUUGGCGCUUCUGGUUUCACGGGACAGUUCGUGGUGGAGGAGGUGGCCCGUACAACGUCCGAGGGUCCCAAGGGGAACCUGAAAUGGGCCGUGGCCGGGAGGAACAGAGCCAAGCUGGAGAAAGUUGUGGAGCAGGCCGCCGGAGCUCUCAGUAAGCCGGAGCUGAAGUCUGAGGUAGAUAUUCUCAUCGCAGAUGUCGGCGAUCCAGAUUCAUUGGCUGCCAUGUGCAAACAGGCGGUUAUUGUGCUCAGCUGUGUGGGGCCUUACAGAUUUUUUGGUGAACCUGUUGUCAAGUCUUGUGUGGAGAACGGAACACACUGCAUCGAUAUCUCUGGAGAACCACAGUUCCUGGAGAGUAUGCAGCUGAACUAUCACGACCAGGCUGCUGAAAAAGGCGUCUACAUUGUGGGAAGCUGUGGUUUUGACUCCAUUCCUGCAGACAUUGGUGUCGUUUACACCAGGGACCAGUUUAAAGGGACCCUAACAUCUGUUGAGAGCUUUUUGACUGCGAGUGCAGGGCCAGAGGGAGGCUGCAUCCAUGAUGGCACAUGGCAGUCGGCCAUCUAUGGCUUAGCCGACAGCGACAAGUUGCGGAGCCUCAGGAAGAAGUUCGGUCACAAGCCUCUCCCAGUGGUGGGGGCUAAAAUUAAAAGGAGGGGCACACUCUUUUAUAGUAAUGAGCUGCAGCAAUAUGCGAUUCCCUUCAUGGGUUCUGACCCAUCAGUGGUUAAAAGGACCCAGCGCUACUUAAAUGAAGAACUCAACGAGUCUCCGGUUCAGUAUGGGGCGUAUGUUGGUGUUGGCGGUAUUUCCAACAUUUUCAAACUUGUCUUCGCUGGAUUAAUGUUCUUUUUCCUUGUAAAGUUCAGCUUUGGCAGAAAUCUGCUCAUGAAGUUUCCAGAGUUUUUCUCAUUCGGUUUCUUCUCCAAAGAGGGUCCAACUAGGAAACAGAUGGAGGGUGCCUCUUUCCGUUUCGUCUUUCUUGGAGAGGGUUACGUUGAAGGUUCAGACCCCAGUGAGGGCAAGCCUAACGGCAAGAUCCGCACACUGGUCAAAGGACCAGAGGCAGGAUACGUCGCCACACCAAUCGCUAUGGUUCAGGCGGCCCUUACCAUGUUGAACGAAUCAGAUUCUCUUCCAAAAACUGGCGGUGUUUACACUCCAGGAGCGACGUUCGCCAAGACCACCAUCGUCGACCGCCUCAACAAACAUGGCAUUCAGUUCUCUGUCCUUUAAGUGAGAGAUUAAACAGGGCUUAACCGGCUUGGCUUUAACAUCAGUCUUGUGAAGCACCCAUUCAUUUGCUUGCUUGAGCAUAGAGAUUCUUGUUGCUAUUUAAAGCUUCCUUAACGGUGUUGCUGUUUUCCGGUUUACCGUCCUUGUUUGUGCACGGUACACUGCGACAGGUUUGUUGGCAUGCACUCUGCUCAAAGGGCUGAGAAAUCUGCACUACGAUUGUGGCACAAACACUCUGGAAAUCCCUCCAUUUGAUCACACGUUUCAGUUUGAAAAGUUUGACAUUUUUUUGCAUUGCAUCCACAGAAAUGCUAAAUCUCACAGAUGAAAGACAUCUCUAAAAAAAAAAAAACGAAACAUAUCUAUACAUUGAAAAGCACACCCAGAUUUGAAAGAAAAUAUUGUUAAAGAACUAGAUUUUGUAAUAUUGUCAUGGGUUGUUAUAUUUGUGAAUCAUGUAGACGUAACAGAAUAAAUAAUAGAAAUAAGAGAAAAUGUUUUAGAGACCAAUGAAUCUGUGAGUUGUUUGGAAGAAUGCUGUUCUGGUUUGCUUCUAACUAAAUAAAGUACAUAUCAAACCGUA